AUGAAUUACAAAAUUUAUUAUUUUCUUCUAAUAACUUUUAGCGUUGUUAACGCUGUUAAAGAUUACAAUGGAUACAAAGUAUACAGAGUGGUACCGAGGACUGAAGAUGAUGUGAAGCUUUUAGAGGAAUUCAGGAGGACGUCGGUGGGAGAGUUCUGGGAUGAUAAUCUGGUUGUUAAUUAUAGAGUGAACAUGAUGGUGCCGGGUGAUAUGCAGGGGUUAUUCCUGAAUUCUACUCGUCAGACUAUGAUUGAGGUUGAAGAAGUGAUACCGGAUUUACAAAAGGCAAUCGAGGACCAAUUAAAGCCCGCAACUGGAUUUAGAAGUUCGGAAACCUUUCAUGGCUAUAGCUGGGACAGGUAUCACAAUUUAGAAACAAUAAAUACUUGGAUGAAUACCUUAGUACAAAAUUAUCCUGGUAUAGUACGACCAGUUGUUAUGGGAAGAUCAGUUGAGAACAGAGAAAUUAGAGGUAUCAUCAUCAAUUAUAAGCCAGAAAAGACUAAUAAGCUAAUGGGGAUCCUGGAAGGAACUCUUCAUGCUAGAGAAUGGAUCGCACCGGCUACUGUAACAUGGAUAGUCAAAGAGUUUUUAACUAGUACAGACCCGCAAGUCAGGGCAAUGGCUGAGAACAUUGAAUGGCAUGUAUUUCCAGUGGUUAAUCCUGAUGGAUAUCACUAUAGCUUCACAACUCAUCGGAUGUGGAGGAAGAAUCGUAGCCCUGAAAGUUUUGGAACCUGUGAGGGAGCCGACGACGAUAUGAGCCAUGGAGUAGAUUUGAAUAGAAACUUUGAUUUUGUUUGGAUGUCUGUAGGAGCAUCAAAUAAUCCUUGUUCUAACACUUUUGCGGGACCGAGGCCAUUUUCUGAACCCGAAUCUAGAGCCAUAUCUCAGUAUGUCCUCAACUUGAAAGAACAGGGAGAGAUAAUAUACUAUCUUGCUUACCACUCCUAUACUCAACUCAUAGUGAUUCCGUACAGUCAUGUGACUGGAUCUGACGUUCUGCUUGCCAAUAAUUAUGCUGAUAUGUAUGAAAUUGGUAUACGAAGUGCCGAUGCUAUCGCAAAAAGAUACGGUACAGUUUAUAGGGUCGGCGUUUCGUCGGAAAUCCUGUAUCCCAUUAGUGGUGGAAGUUUUGAUUGGGUCAAGAAAGUGGCAGAUGUACCUAUCACUUUCUUGAUUGAGCUGCGCGAUCUUGGAGAAUACGGGUUUCUUCUUCCGCCAGAACAGAUCAUCCCCAACAACCUUGAAACUAUGGAUGGACUUAUCGAGAUGGAUCGCGUGACUAAGCUUCUUGGCUAUUACUCAGCUGGUGCAAUUAGUAAAGUAAUUUCUUUGUCUGUUUUAGUUUUAUGCUCAAUGGUUAUAGUUUUGUUUAAUUAA